UCUGACCUUCCUCCCAGAAUGUUUCUGGGCAGCAGAAACUUGACCGUCGGUCCUCAUCCCAUUCUCACGAAUCGUGGACCUUUGGUUGACCCUUCGACAUUCUUCAGACGUAACAUUCCUGAGACGUAUCAUUCACAAAUCACGUCUCUCAACCGAAGACUCUCGUUUCUGGGGCAGCAGAAACUCGGCAAACUGUUUUCACUCGGCAGUUCUUACAUCUUUGAUUCCAAACUCUUGGCUCUCGAUUCACUUCAUGUUUCUUGGGCCACAAAUACUCGGCAUUACACUCUCAACCAGCUCCUUUGUCUCAUUCGACUUUUGAUCUUGGUUUAGUGUUCCUGGAGCAGCAGGAACACGUCACACUUCUUUCACCAACACUCUUGGUUCAUGAUCCAACUUUCAGCUUUCAUGCGAUCAAUCAUCGACCUUUCUUUUCUCUCAUGUUCCUGGGGGGCAGCAGGAAUAUACAGCACUUCUCUCUUAUCAACACUCUUGGCUCGCAAUUUGGCAUUUGCGAACUCAACUUUCAUCUCUCAUCUUGUUUCUGGGGCAGCAGAAACGCGUCACUUCACUUUGACGCAUCACUCCAUUCUGGGUCAUCACUAUAUUCCCUUCAUUUCAGGUUCCUUGGGCGGAGGAACUCGACAACUCACAUACCUUUCUUCUACUCUUCAGGCAAACCAUGCCUUAAUUCCACGUUUCUGGGGCAGCAGAAACUCGGCAACUCAUUGUAUUCAACACCUUUGAAUUCUACAUCACUUUCCUCUGGCGGGAGGAAAUCAACUUUUUACACCUCUUACUCUGGCCAUUCUUGGCUUUCCUUUAUGUUUCUGGGGCAGCAGAAACUCGGCACUUCACUCCGAGUCGACAAUUCAACCCGACUCGACUUUCACGUCAUGUUCCUGGUUAUCGGGAGCUUGACACACAAAUAUCCUUCGACUUCUUUGGCACUAUCUUGUCUUCACUUCACGUUUCUUGGGCAGCAGAAACUCAACACCUCACCUGGUUCAACACCUCUGAACUUCACUUCACUUUCCUCUGGCGGGAGGAAAGCAAUACGUCGCACGGCACUCUCUCAAAUUUCGAUACUUUUCACAUCAACCCGGCAUUUCUGGGGCAGCAGAAAUCCUGAUACUUGACUUCAAUCUCUUGGCCACCUGAGCUCGGCACUCCACACGUCGAUCACUUUGUAUGGAAAUCUCCCUUUUCCUCUUGUCUUCUUCUGGGGCAGCAGAAGUAAGACGAGUCUUUUGUUUCAAUACAUUUGACUCUUCACUCCUUGUUCCUCUGGCA